AUUAAUUUCCACGUUGGUUAUAUUGACUUCGAGAAACAUCAACUUGAUUAAGCAUGUCAAAAGUAACUUUCAAGAUAACUUUGACGUCGGAUCCGAAGCUUCCUUACAAGGUAUUAAGUGUUCCUGAAAAUACCCCAUUUACAGCAGUAUUAAAGUUUGCUGCAGAAGAGUUCAAAGUACCUCCAGCUACAAGUGCUAUUAUUACAGAUGAUGGAAUUGGGAUUAAUCCAUCUCAAAGUGCAGGAGACAUCUUCCUCAAGCAUGGUUCAGAGCUCCGUCUAAUUCCUCGGGACAGGGUUGGAAGAAUAUGAAGAGUUUAAUUACUUUAAAUAAACAUGAUAAAACAAAACUGAAACCUGUACUGAUAUUUCUCAGUUGUUUUACACCACGUAAAUACAGUCUUUGUAUGUUUUGUUUGUAAUAUAAUCAUUUUUUAAAAUUGUAGAAGUUUAAAAUUAAUCUUUGUUUUUAUCAUUUUAAAAUUAAUGAUCCAAAUUAUUAGUGGUAUUUUCACUAACAGUUAAGCUGUUAACUUUGUUAUGAAAAUUUUAACACUCCCUAAACGUAUUUAUUUAUAUGGAUAACUUUUCUACAGAAAUAUAAGAGCUGGUUGUAAAUUUUUUUCAGUUGAAGUGGUUACAUUUUAUAUCCACAAAAUAAAAUGUUGUCUCAAUAUAAUUAUUUUCUCACUGCUAUACAUAUCUGUAUCUCAGACUGUGUUAGUUAAGAAGAGUUUAGAAAAUGAUAUAUAAUCAAUGGAGAGUUUUAUAUUUGCAUAGUUACAAUGUCAUAUUAAAAAAAAACUUGUUUUGUUUAUUUCUCUUAAAUGUAAUGUGUUUUAGAAUAUACUGUCUAGAAGUUCCUGUUGGUGUGGAAGAUUUUCCCUAUAAGAACUAUUUCCCUGACCAUAGCAAGAUACAUUUAUAGUAUUAACUUUAUUUUUUCAAUUGCAAUUAAUCUGUUAAAUUUUACAAGUCCUACUCAAAGAUCAUUAUUUAAAAUAUUCAUUUCCUGAUAUAUAUAUAUUUUAAAUAGAGCUCUAAGAAUUACAUUAUACAGUUCACUACAUCUAAUUAGGCUAAUUAGAUCUUCACAAGUAUUACAAUAUAGGGACACCAAAAUUAAAACAACUGGACAAUAUUGUACCAAACAAAUUCCCAAUUUAUUUAAAGGACUAGGUUACAGAAUGAAAUUUGAAUUCAUAACAGUAUAUUACUUUAUGAAAUUCAUCCAUUUUUUAGUUUGACCAUCACGGUGAAUCAGUAACAUGACUUACGUGUAAAGAGGGUGCUUGGAUUUCAUUGCCAAGAGGUUAGACUAAUAUUGUGAUGGGAAAAGCAUUUUAUUGUUCCAUUUGUGCUUCACAAAACUUCAACAAACUUGAUAAUAAUAUAUGUAAAAUAUUUAUGGAAGGAAUAAAGUGAAUUGGCUAUUA